UCUCGGCAGGAUCAAUUUUUCAUUUCGUCUAAAUCCGAUGAGAAAAUGUUGGAGGAGGGGUAAUAUUUUGGCAACGUACUUUUUGUUAUGUAAUCCUAUGAUUUUCAAACUGCCUUUACAUAGCCGAAAGUGAGUAAUGGGCGUUCCCUUCAGGUAAAAAUUGCGUUCCUUGUUAGUAAAAGGGCGUUUUCUGGUGCUAAAGGGGGCGUGGUCUAAAAUCUUUCGUUUUUUCCCCCCCAGAGCGUAGUGGCUGGCGCCGCCACUGGGUGAAACACAACAUCUAACCCGCAACUGCCCAUAGACGAUACCCCCUGUUAUAUAUUCGCUCCAGAAGAAAUUCUAUUUCAAAAGAAUUUCUUCUUGAUGUUGUUCGAAAAAAAUGGUGUUUGUGAGAUUGCUUUGUUUAUGGUUACUCUCCACGACCAUGUUUACAAAGUGUGACCCCCGUUCGUGACGCUAAACUCGUCAAUAGAUACCCACGUUUAUCGUUGCGUUGAGUUCUUGGUGAGGGUAAGACUUUUACUGGCCUCUGACCUUGGACAUUUAUGCGAAAUCCUUCGAAUUAUGGAGUUGCAAAGAAACGAUGGGCAAGCUAGACCAAAGACCCUUUCUUCAAGAGAAAAAGAAACGCACGAGCAAAAAUCGCUUCUUUUGCCUGGGACGAAGACAGGGUACAAAUUGUAUAAAUGGAGGUGGGUAGUUUUGGGACUGUUCUCUUUGAUUUCAAUGUCGAAUGAAAUAAUUUGGAUUAGCUUGUCAUCAAUCACCAGCAUCGUCAAAGAUUACUACCGUGUCGAUUCCAUUGCUGUGAACUGGUUGUCUCUUAUUUUUUUGCUUCUUUAUAUAUUUGUAAUUGGAUCAUCGUAUGUGCUUGACAGAUAUGGCCUAAAGGUCACAAUCAUUAUCGGCGCAUUUCUCAAUGCCAUUGGAAGCUGCUUGCGAGCGAUGGGUGCCAACCGCGAUGGCUUUACGCUUGCAUUUUUAGGAAACACAUUUGCAGCACUGGCUCAGUGCUUCAUCAUUUUUAUUCCGCCGCGGCUAGCUGCAGUCUGGUUUGGAGACUCUGAGAGAGCAACUGCUUCGUCAAUCGGGGUCUUAAUGAACAUGCUGGGGGUAGCUGUUGGGUUUUUAUUAGGAACUAUUGUCCCAAGCAGCAAGAACAUGGAUGAUGACGUCAGACAAGGUAUGCACAGAUUGUUGGUAUCGCAAGCGGUAUUUUGCACAAUUCUUGCAGUUGCCAGUUUCUUCCUCAUAAAAAGGGAGCCACUCACCCCUCCAAGUCGUUCUCAAGAAAUGGUCCUAAAAAUAAAAAGACAAGACUUUGUAAAAGAAAUUGUGGAUUCUUCAGACGAUGACUUUCAGACCAGCAACAAUGCUGAAGGUGGGAACGUCAAUUCAGCCAUAAAUGAAGGUGCACAUAACACCGAGACUAGCUUUUUCUGUCAAGAAGAUAACCCAGAUGAUACCAAACUAAUUAAAGGCGCCAAGGACUCAAAAGUUGAAAUUUCUCAUGUUCCAUCAUUUGGUGAGUCAAUCUUGCUUGUCCUGAAAGACAAGUCAUUUCACUUGAUAUCUCAGGCAUAUGGGAUUGCAACAGGGCAAGUUGCAGUCUACAAUACACUACUCAAUGAAAUGGUGAUUUCAAAGUACCCAGGUAAAGAAAAAGAGAUUGGUUAUAUGGGUUUCGCAGCUGGAGUCUGUGGCCUGUUUGGUAUCCUUUUCAGUGGUGUUAUACUUGAUAGAACAAAGAGAUACAAAACACUCUCAAUAAUUAUUUUUGCUUCUUGUGCAUUUCUGAUGCUCAUUUUUACUUUGCUUCUUGAAUACUACAAAAACUUUGUAGUGCUCUUUAUAAGCUUCUGUGCUUUUGGACUUUUUUCUUAUGCAUAUAUCUUUGCUGGCUUGGAACAUGCGGCUGAGUUAACUUAUCCUGUGCCUGAAGGGACAACUUCAGCAAUUCUUUUCUUGUUUCUGAAUAUAUAUGGGAUUAUUUUGACUAAUAUUGUUGCUGUUGGUGUGCGAAAAGGAGGUGGACACAUUGGAGGCUUUGUAAUGUUCACAGGCUAUAUGGCUAGCUUGGUACUUAUUUCAUUUGUCUCUGCUCCACUCAAACGAAGCCAAGUGGAUCAAAGAUCUUCUAAUUUGUAGAACUGUUCAAUAUGGCUUGCAGCAAUUAGUAUUAACAAACAAACAUUUCUAAUUUGAUGUUAACUUUUCUAACUGUACCUUGUAAUGCUUUCCAAAUCUGAGGCUACAGUCAAGGACUGUGCCCCAGUCUUUAAAUGAGGGGGCUGAAAUGGGGGCUCAGAGCAUGCCACGGAAAAAUUUUUGGAGACCACACCCUUUAAUUAUAAACAGUCCAAUUCAGGGAAAACUCAUAGAGAGUCAGAUUCAAUAAAUAUGAAUAGAAAUAUCAUUAAGCUAACUUGAUAAUUAAAGACUAAGUUAACCAAGUUAGAAAAUGCAACUUAUUGGUUAAACAAGAAAAAACACCAAGAAGAGCUACUACUACUUAAGAUCCUUAAUAAAGCUUUCCAAAAUAAUGUUUGAGUAGACUUCCAAAACAUUGGCUCUUCUACCUCAAGAAUUGGCUCCAUUUGGGCAUUUCAGGGUGAUUUUCACUGCAUUCAGUGCUUUUUCAGUAAAAAUAAACCUAAUGUUUUGGACGUCUUCCUAACAUUAAAGUAUAAUUGUAUGCUCAUUCUCCCAAUGUCUGACAAAUUCAGCAAUUACCUCGAAUCCUUUGUUUCCCCUACUUCCACCCAUGCCAACACAGCCCAGGGGUAGGGCUGGCAUAUGAAUUUUGUUAAAUGUUUUGAAUCAAUGAAACAAUAAGAAAAUUAAUAGAUAAUUGAUACAAUUGAAAAGUUUUAUUACAUUCCUUGUGGUGAGUUCCACUUGUCAUAUCAAUAUGAUUGAGCCUUUUUAUUUCAACUUAUGAGAACAGCCAGUUACUGACCAUAAUCUCUUUUGUCUUUGCCGACCCCCAUUCAUUUCGAAUAUAGGUAGUUCUUAGAUAAGCUGUUAUUUAUGCUUAAGAGCCAAUGCUGGAAUAUUUAUGCUUUGAGAGCUAAUUCAUUGAGGUUUUUAUUUAUAAAUAGACUGCUUCCUUUAGUUGCUUAUUCAGAUUUGAUGUAAUUUUUAAUGAAGGCCAAAUAAAUUUCAUUUUAUUUUCUUUUUUGGUGUAUGAUAUCUGCAUUUUUUUGUACCCAAUAAUUUUCUAUUACCAGUUAAGGAUCAAACUUGCCUUACAAAUGCACUGCACUUCAAAGAAAUGAUAGCAGGUCCUUAGGAAAUAGAUUAGAAAUACAAAUACACACAUAAGACAAUGUGUUUCUCUAUAUAUCUGGCUCUCUAUAAAAUUUUUAAGGCAACUGUCUUAAAAGGAAUGCCCCAUUGAUGUUUAUUCUGUUUUCAAGUGACGUAAAGAAUUUGUUAUUAUUCCUUCACCAAAAUAUUAUUUUCGAAAUCCUAAAGUAACUUUAUUACAAAUAUCGAACUCUGUAUUUUCAUGAUAAUAACUGUUUAACCAAGUUAAUGAUAACGAUAAUAAUAUUAAAUAUUGUCAGUUUUCA